AUGCUGUCUGCGGGCACCCUGAUAUGGAUAUCUCUGCGUCCUCUAUUACGAUUGUUCCUCGUCGUUGCAUCGGGCUUCGCUUUGACUAAGGCCGACCUGUUUCCUCCCGUCGCUGCAAGAGGAGCAGGUCAAAUCAUGCUGAACAUCGCCCUUCCGUGCCUCAUGUUCUCACGCAUCGUGCCUGCAUUCACGUCGGACAACAUCUCCGCGCUUGGCCCGUUAGUUCUGGUUGCUUUCGUAUAUGAAGGCCUUGGAUUUAUCAUGGCGUGGGUGAUAAAGCAGUUCUUCUGGGUCCCCCAUCAGUUCCGGUACGGGAUCCUCGUUGCUGGGACAUUUGGGAAUGUCGGCGACAUCCCCACGUCCGUGAUUAUGAGCAUCACAGGUGUUGCUCCGUUCAAUGGUUCCGCAGACCAGACUUUGUCAGUUGCAUACAUCUCGGCAUUCAUACUUGUCUUCUUUGUCACAUUGUUUCCCGCUGGCGGAACACGUCUGAUCGCCAAAGACUUCGUGGGGCCAGACAUAGAACCGGAAGAAGUUCGUGAGAAGAUGAGAGAGAAGCGCCGAUGGAUGCUCACAAGUUGGAUCUCCUUGCUGCGCAAGAUAGCCUCGAUCUCCGGCUUUACACGCUCCUUGAGCGAAAAAUGUGAGGAUCUCGAAGACAUCGGUGACGAAAAGACGUUCAAGCCCGUCGACAGCUCAGUUUGCGGUGAAUUGCCCUCAGCUCGACAUCGAUCUCCAACAUCCACUCCCAAACACGUAUCUUUUUAUCAAGACGAUGGUGCCACCGUCGCACCGCUUCCAUCCGAGCCGAAUUUGGCUUCGCACGUCACCUCGCCUACUGCAACAAUCACACACAUAGAUGGUCCCAGCGCACCCGCGUCGCUGCCAAUCGAUGGCGAUGCUUCUCCCGUACCUGCUUCCGAAGGCGUCGUGUUGCGCGCCCCACAUCCGCACACAACCAGGCACAAACUCUUAGCAGAGUUGCGCAUCUUUGUGACCAGCCUAAUCACCCCAGCAUCGCUUUCUAUCAUCCUCGCAUUUCCCAUCGCGCUUGUGACGCCCCUCAAAGCGCUCUUCAUCGCUGUUCCCAACUCACCCAUUCCCAACGCUCCGGAUGGUCAACCUCCUCUCGCCUUCAUCAUGGAUACUGCAUCAUUUGCAGCUGGUGCAUCGGUUCCGCUUGGCCUUAUAUGCCUUGGAAGCGCGCUUGCGCGGCUCAAAGUUCCGUGUGGAAACUGGACGUCCAUUCCGAAAGGCGCCAUCGUGUCAUUGGCCGUUGGGAGAAUGAUUAUCAUGCCUGUGAUAGGCGUGCUCAUUGUCCAUGGCUUGGUGCAUGUGGACGUGAUUAGCAAGGAUGAUAAGGUGCUCCAGUUCGUGUGCAUCUUCCUUUCAUGUCUUCCAACGGCGACGACACAAGUAUUUUUGACUCAAAUCUUCUCAGGGACUGGCGCUGCAGAACACCUUGCUCCGUUCCUAAUCCCUCAAUACAUCAUCAUGUUCGUUUCAAUGACCGCCCUCACAGCAUAUACCCUGCAAACCUUAUUCUAG